ACAUCAUGUGAUGCAAAAUAAGACUUGCGCAUGCGCGGUUCACCUCGCUGUGGACAACAUGCAGCGCACGCCACCAACCAAGGCAAUCUGAACAGUAUUGUUUAUUUUAUUAUCACCCAGAAUAGAAGUUUUAUAUUUUAUUAUAUAUUGUUAUAAUAUUUAGCCUUUGGAGUUGCGUUCGUCAACGUGUCGAUUCACUCCAAAGCCGUGAAGUUCUUGAGUUAUGCUGGUGUCAGAUGGUAGCAAGUUAGCUAAUAGUAGAGCACGUAAACAGAUUCGCGUUACUUUAGAUCUUUAGACAGUAGCUAACGAGCUUUCACUGACUGUAACAUGGGUCGAAAAAAACAGGGAAAGUUCGUACGUUCAGACAACAAGGGCAAAGACAAAAGGCAUAAAAUAAAGGGGAAAUCAUUAGAGGCCUUUACAGAAGAAAUGCACACUGCUUUUGAAGGUAAUAAUACAGUCUUUUUGUAACACAACAAAUAUGCAUCGAUUGGGUAAACUCCUCUGCUCUUUAUUUUGAUCACCACGCUAAAAUGUUGAGUGUUUACAUUACCGCCAUCAUGACUAAAUGCUGUCAUAUUGUCAAAAAAACACCUUGUCUUUUGUCACUGUGUUUUCCAGCAAGUCUUCAUCUGGAUGAGGGGGCAGAAGCCCCUCAGAUGAAGCUGCCCUGUCCACUUGCCAUGUGGGACCUGGGUCACUGUGAUCCCAAACGUUGUACUGGUAGAAAGCUGGUACGCAAGGGUUUUGUCCGCAACCUGCGCCUCAAUCAGAGAUUUAAUGGACUUAUCUUGAGUCCAAUGGGCACAAAGUAUGUGACGCCAGCUGACAGGUGUGACAAGUUUUAUUUUCCAGGGGACACUCUGAAAACUUUGCUAUCCCCCCAAAAUUCAUCAAAUGUAAUAUUAUUACAAUAUAUUAAGUGUGGAAUAAGUGUUUAGAUUGAAAAAGCAUCUUUUUUUUUUUUUUCUACGACUCAGAGAGAUCGUGGCUCAAAGUGGGUUGGCAGUGAUUGAUUGUUCCUGGGCCAAACUGGAGGAGACUCCCUUUAAUAAGAUGGUUGGUGCUCACCCCAGGUUACUGCCGUACCUUGUCGCAGCAAACCCAGUCAACUAUGGCAAGCCUUGCAAGUUGUCCUGUGUUGAGGCUUUUGCUGCCACAUUCUGCAUUGUUGGUAAGGUAAUGCAUUGUGCUCUUAACUGCCCAAGGAAUAGCAGAGGACCACCAACAUUCUGAUUUCGAUUUUGCAGGAUUUGAAGAACUUGCACUUCUCCUGUUGAAGAAAUUUAAGUGGGGGACAGUGUUCCUGGAUCUCAAUAAAGUUCUGCUAGAGCAAUAUGCUGCUUGCCAGACUGAAGACGAGCUGCUGUCUGUGGAAAAGGAGUUUCUGACAUCUAAACCAGAGGAGGAGGACUUUGGUAAAAGGGGCAGGAAUGAACUGGGGUCCCAUUACGACUUGAAAAUACAACCAAAUAAGUGAUUCAAAAUAUAAUUAUUUCAUUCUGUUCCACAACUGCUCUAACAUAGAAUGUUUUUGUAUGGUUUAUUUCACUGUUAAACUAUUCUUCAGUGAUACUGUUCUUAUGCUCCAUUUCCUUUGUUAGUUUGUGUUAAAUGUACGACCUAUUUUCCCCGGUAGCCUUCUCCUUAAUUUCAAACCCUGGUUUCCCUGGUCAUUGAUCGCGAGUAUUAUGAUACUAUGUGAUUGCUGUGUAAAACAGAGAUGUGAGCUGUGAUUCAGGUUUCUGGAACCAGAUUAAUUGUUUCCAGUAUCUCUGGUAAAUUGCCUCAAAUGCAAAGAAGGAUUUUUGUUGCUGUUUUAAAAUCUCUAUCAUCGGGCCAAUUUUCAUCUGUACAGCUAAACAUCUUCUCUUUAACAGAUCCAUUUGAUACAAGUACAGGAAUAGAGUGUAGAAAUCUCAACAGACCUCAGUGGUAAGUAUUGAAUGCUGUCAAGGAAGGCAUUGAAUCCAUAUCUGAAGAAUUUUCAGGGGCUGCAUUGUUUUUGUAUGCUUUGUGUAGAUGCAUACUGAAUUAUGAAUAAUGACAAUAGGCACAUUUGUUAGUUGUGUCUCAUUCAGUGUUAUUUCACAUAUUAUUUGGCAUACUAUUAGCUUUUAACUAUAUUUUAAAAAAGUUAAAUGCAAACACUCUUAUAAAUCAAAGUAUGCAUUUAUUUUCUGGGAUAAAUAAAUUUAAUACACUUUCUCUUUUUCUGUACAGUGACCUUGAAGAUGAUGAUUCUACCGAAGAGGACUCGGACACCUCAGAGGACAAUGAUGAAGACGAAGCAGAGAAUGAAAAAUCAAAUAGCAGCACAAUGUUAAGAAUAGCUUCACAUAAUGAUGGAGGACAGGCUGAACCAGAGACAUCACAAUAAAGAAUAUUUACUCUGAAGAUUAUUUUUUGAGAGAGACUUUCAAAAGGUUUUGUAAUAACUUCUCUAUAGCUAUAUGGAAAAUAAAAAGUGUGUUUUAAAAAA